AUGGCCGAUGAUCAACAUAUCUUCAGCGAGUUUCUUGACCUACAUCGUCAGAAGCUGAUACGAAACAUUAUACAGCAAGAUGUCGAACUUGCCGAAAUUCCUCGCUCCAUGUUCUUUCCCUUAUGGUUUUCAGAUAUUACUGUCCUCGAGAAACUUUCUGCGAUCAGAAAUACCGACGCGACGGGUUUUCGCUUACGAACCUUGCAAUUAACCACUCUGAGAUGCGAGAACUGGCCUAGAAUCUUCGCUGCCGGGAAGCAUGCCCCGAAGAACGAACUGUCGCUCGUUGAACCCACGCUCGUUGAACCCGCCCUCGUUGAACCCACGAAAGUCCAGGAUAGGCGGAAGAGACCCAGAGCCCAAUCGUCAUCCAUAGAUCCCGAGCCCUAUUGCCAGACCAGCCCUGUGCGCCCUCUGCGCUCUUCCAAGCCUCUCCGCAGCAGCCCAGCCAAGCAUGCUACCCUCCAACGGGAUGAAAACAAGUGCAUCCUCACAAAACAUGGUCGAACAACCCUCGAGGUUGCUCACAUUGUUCCGUUCAAGCUUCAUAUGACCAAGAGAGCGGCAAGCUGGAACUUUCUGAUAGACUUUUGGGGCGUUGAUAAGGUGAAUGCAUGGCGCGCCGAAAUCCUGGGAAAUGAUGGGGCUUUCAACACGGAGAAAGUACAGAACAUGCUAUGCCUGGGCCCGGCCCUCCACGCAUACUGGGAUAUGCCCAUCUGCGCCUUCCUCCCUAUCUCUAUUAACGAUGAAUUGACAUCAAUGGAUCUUGCAUUUCACUGGUUACCACUGCCAAACAAAUCCAUCCACUCCAAGAACAAGAUCCGAACUAUGGAGCACCCCGAUCCAAAGUACCCAACGGGCUUCUGCGAUGGGCCCGGGGAGAACAUCUUUCUGUUCAAUAUGGAGACCAAGUCAAUCAUCUUGUCGGGGGAAAUAUUUACGAUUACAACGGACGAUCCUAAGGAAAGGCCUCUCCCCUCUUUCCAGCUUCUGGAAAUGCAAUGGAACCUAAGCCGCAUUGCGGCUAUGCAAGGUGCAGGGGAGGACGACGAAAAUGAUACGGACUCAGAUAGCGACAUUGUUUCAGUUUCCUCAAGCUCUCGUUCGCGCUCGCGCUCCCGCUCCCGAUUCCGAUCCCCGGAAAAGGAACCUGUCCAGGCCAUCAAGAAGGAAAACAGUCCACCCCCAUGA